UGAGUUACCAGUCACGAUAAGCAGCCAUUCUCUUGUCAAUGGCAAAAGAAACCGAAGGGAUGAUGACCGAACUCACAGCCCUUUGCAACAAAGGCAACUCCCCUCUGAGAACUCGACUGCCAGCUCCUGCGGCGACCACAGUUCUUCCGAAGCUCCUACCAAAGGCCGAGAUUAUGCAGGCACACUCUGGAUAGGCUGGUCCGGAUUGGAAAUAUCUCUGAGUUAUGCCCAGAGAUAUUAUCAUCUUCUAUGCAUGCAUCAACGAAGUGACUGCCGUCGGCUUCAAUGCCGAACGAACGUAGGAGGUCGAUUUCCCAUUGACUCUGCGAAGAAGGCUAAACCACAACCUCAUGAGAAGGCCGAACUCUUUUUCGUUACAGAUACAUUCGGCGAAUAUGGUAAUAGCAGCCCAUCCUCUCUAGCGUAUAGACUGGACAAUACGUUAGGCUGUGCAAGUGGGGAAAAGAUUUGCAUUGGGCCUACGGCUAUGAUGCAAGUACUCUCGCUGUGGGUGGGUUUGAUGCAAAGUAUCAUUUCAAGAAGCUUCAGUGGCGUGAAGAACCUGAAGACUUCUAUCUCAAAUUAGAUGGAGUUCAUUUGAUACUUGGAAUUCUGUAUAUCGGGCGUGGUCUUCCUGAUUUUGGGAACGUGAAGAAACUUGCUGCAGAAUGUGUGUAAA